AUGUUGACGGCCAUCGAAGAGAGACCUCGUCAUGUCAUUAUAGCAUGGAACAUUGACAAGCGAACAGAAAAUGCUUCUGGAAGGAGGAUUUCUUGCGCUGAUGAAAUCUUCCAACUGACAGAGAAAACCGUUAAAGAUCCGGGUUUCACUGAAGUGAUGACCUGGCUGAACGUUGAUGACGAUCAGAAGGUACCGGUAUUAAGUCGUGGAGAUCAACUUACGCUCAGGGAAUCAGGUCUACAUGCUGGCGAGACAUCCCCGCCUGGCUACCUCACCGAAUCGGAAUUGAUCACGUUGAUGGAGAAACACGGUAUUGGCACCGAUGCAUCCAUUCCAGUUCACAUCAAUACUAUCAGCCAAAGGAACUAUGUUACUGUAGAGAGCGGUCGACGAUUGGUGCCAACGCAGCUAGGAAUAUCUCUUGUUCAUGGCUAUUGGCGAGUGGACAGAGAACUUGUUCUGCCAACAAUGAGGGCGGAAGUUGAAACUCAACUUAAUCCUCAUCGCUCAAGGAAAAGCUAA